CGAAUAUACAGAAAUCCACAAUCUGUGUUCCACAAUGGCGGACGAAGAUGUGAACGGGGAUUCGGACGAAGUGCAGCAGGAAAAGUCACAGAAGAAAGCUGCAAAAUAUGAUAGUGGUGCUGCGGAUUUGGAAAGAGUAACGGAUUACGCAGAGGAGAAGGAAAUUUCUUCGUCCGAUGAUUUUUCAUGCGCGCUAACUAUCAUCGGAGAUCGACGGAACAAGGAAGCAGCCGAAAAAAUUGCCAAGGAGAAAGAGUUGCUCAAGGUUUCCAUCCACAAAGAUGAUGUGGAUCUUAUCAUGAAAGAGAUGGAAAUAAGUCGAAGCUUGGCUGAAAGAACACUAAGAGAACACAGAGGAGAUGUUGUUGAGGCCCUUGUUACUCUGACCAACUGAGAUGAGAUUAUAUAUGAAAAUAUUAGCUUCUCAUAAUUCCAAGCGCUAUUGUAAAUUACGCAACGUACAUAUUUACAUAGAAAAUGAGGGAGAACUUGUAAACUGAAGUUUGAAUACGAAUAUUUAUUAUUAAUAUUAAAUAAAAACU